UCAGUGCAGUGUAUCCAAUCUGCAGUCAACGCAGCGUGUCCAGUGUGCAGUCGGUGCAGUGUGAGGUCAGUACAGUCCGCAGUGUGUCCAGUCUGCUGUCGUCCGCUCGUCAUGUCAUCGGACACCUCGGUCCUGAAGUCAGCAGCGCCGCUCCUAUAGAGCCGCAGCGCCGCAAUUAGGGGAUAAUUUCUAGCCGCCGACUGGACUCUCCUCCUCCGUCAGACACCCGCCCGCCCGGCCGCCGCGGCUGAGUCUGACUCUGUCUCAGUCAGUGUCUGCGGGGAACGAAGGAGCGGAGCUCAGGACAGGAGCUCAGGAGCUCAGGAGCUCAGCACCUCUUCGGCCGGGAGCUCGGUCUUUCCCUUCGUCAGACUCAGACUCUCAGAGCCUUCGCCGUGUUUUGCGCUCCCGCUCCGUUUGCUGCGUGUGUGGUUACGGAGCGGCGUCGCCGUCGCGGGGGACCUUCCGCUGUCAUCAAGCCGGGCUGCCGUGCCGUGCGGUGCGGGAUGCGCCAUGGCCACGCUCGUGUGCAGGGUCCAGUUCCUGGAUGACACCGAUCCGUUCAACAGCACCAGUUUCCCCGAGCCGACGAGACCUCCACAGUACACGUUCCGGGAGGACAUUCCCCUCAUCAACCAGAUCGCCGGGGUCCACCGCCUCCUCAGAGCCCCGCACAAGCUCGAUGACUGCGCCUUGCAGCUCUCCCACAAUGGAACCUACCUGGACCUGGAGUCCACCCUGGCAGAGCAGCGGGAUGAGCUGGAGGGCUUUCAGGAGGAUACGGGGAGAGGCCGAAAGCACAGUGUGAUCCUGCGUACCCAGCUGUCUGUACGAGUCCAUGCUUGUAUCGAGAAACUCUACAACUCCAGUGGACGAGAGCUAAGGAGAGCCCUGUUCUCCCUUAAGCAGAUUUUCCAGGAUGAUAAAGACCUGGUCCAUGAAUUUGUUGUUGCCGAGGGGCUGACGUGUCUGAUAAAAGUGGGAGCGGAGGCAGACCAGAACUACCAGAACUACAUCUUGAGAGCCCUGGGACAGAUCAUGCUCUAUGUCGAUGGAAUGAAUGGGGUCAUGGGUCACAGCGAGACCAUCCAGUGGCUGUACUCCCUCAUUGGAUCAAAGUUUCGUCUGGUGGUGAAAACAGCGCUAAAGCUCCUACUGGUGUUUGUCGAGUACGCUGAGCCCAAUGCUGCACUGCUGGUCCAGGCUGUCACAGCUGUGGACACCAAGAGAGGCUGUAAGCUGUGGUCAAAUGCCAUGGAGAUCCUGGAUGAGAAGGAUGGAGUGGACACAGAGCUGCUGGUGUAUGCUAUGACACUCAUUAACAAGACGCUUGCAGGUCUACCAGACCAGGACUCCUUCUAUGAUCUGGUGGAUGCUUUAGAGGAACAGGGCAUGGAGGCUGUGUCACGCAGACACCUGAACAGGAAAGGGACGGACCUUGACCUGGUAGAGCAGUUCAACAUGUAUGAGGCAACACUCCGGCACGAAGAUGGAGAUGAUGAUAGCCAGCCACCUCCUACAGGACGCAGGGAGAGAAGGCGGUCCAGCGUGGAGGGAGGUUUUGAGAAGAGGGGGCUGGAGAGGAGGCGCAGCAGGAGGCAUUCACUGGGGCGCUCCUCAGCCCCUGCUUCACCCAGUAGCCCACAUGGGCUUACCCACACCAGCAGCUUUCUGCCCUUUGGUGGACAGAGAACCGAGGACAUGAACGAGAGAUGUGGUGACAACAGCAGCCUGCCCUCUGCAAAGUCCUACUCUACCCUCAGUGCUCCCUCAACACCUACCAGCCGCUACGGAACAGCAGCGUCCCCCUCAUCCGAGACUAGCGCAGAUAGACCAGCUUUGGGGGGUCUGUUGACCUCCUCGUACCGGCAACACCAGGAGUCCUUGGCAGCAGAGCGGGAACGCCGUCGGCUUGAAAGGGAGGAGCGCCUGCUCCGGAUUGAGCGCGAGGAAAGGAACCGCUUCAGUCGAGACUAUUUGGAUAAAAUGGAGGAGGCCAGACAAGCACGGGAGGAGAGGUACAAGCACGUGGAGAGGAUAGCAGCGGAGGAGUAUGAGCGGGAACGUGAGCAGGCAACACUGAGGGGUCGCAGUGAGCUGAGUCUGCGCCUGAGCCCAGCCCGUGGGGGCGCUGGCUCAUCCCGGAGUACCACACCAUCAUCCGUCGAGUCACAGGAGGAGCCCGAAGUUCCCCCAUCAUCGUAUCAGCCAUCAAAGCAAGGCAGCGAGUCAGAUUCCCACACUGAACAACAACAAACCACGAUUUCUUUAGAGCCUCAGCCAGAAGUAACAGUUUUGGAACCAGACAGGGGGCAAGAAAGGGACCAGGAGGAGGAAGAAGACCUGCAACCACAACCAGAAGAAGAGGUGGGUGAGCUGGACAAGGAAGGCCAAAGGGAGAAGGACGAGUGUGAUGAGGAGGUGGAACCAGAGCAUGAGACUGAGGACAAUGCCAUCUUGAGCGAGAAGGAGAGACAGAAUGAGGAGGUAAACGAGAAAGACAACUGCUCUGCUUCAAGUAUCUCCUCAACCAGCAGCACUUUGGAAAGGGAGGAGAGACUCAACACCAGCAAUGAGACAGGACAGUGGACACAAUGCAUUAAAGAUGUGGAUGUAAAUGAGCAGUGCAGUGCAAUACUCAACAACAAGCUCUUCAUGUUGGACAUGCUCUACGCUCAGAAUAAGAAGCCCCUGGAAAACGAUGAAGAAGAAGAGGAGGAAGAAGACCAUGAGAAGGAUAAAGGUGAAAAGGGUAGGGAGACAGAGGGCAUAUCUGUGUCUGAUGUAGUCAGCAGCCAGUCGUGCGAAGACAGCGUGAAGAACACUGACGUGCAGAAUUUAGAGAACCAAGGAAGUGUACGGGCCUUUGCUGAGAAGUUUGGUGAUGUUGUCAAAGGUCUGGUGUCACCACCACUGGCAGAUACCUCUGACAAGAGGCCAGAGCCAGAGAAACCAGCCCCCACGUCCCUGCCCCCCAAGAAAGAGUCAGAUUAUAUCUGGGACCAGCUGAUGGCCAGUCCCAGAGAGCUCCGCAUCAGGGACAUAGAUUUCACUGAUCUUGGGGAGGAAGAUGAUGUGGACAUCCUGGACGUUAGUGACAGCUUGGGAAAGGGAGACGGGUUGCCUCCUCCACCCCCACCUCCUAGCUUCUCCAACUUACCCCCUCCUCCUCCACUUUUUGGCUGUCCGCCACCCCCUCCCAUCCUGGGCAUGAGAUUGCCCCCACCUCCACCUUUUUCUGCCCCUGCCCCACCCCCACAACCUUUCCUAGGCUCCCCACAACUCAGCAGAGCCGAGCCCCCGCUCUUUCAGAAAAAGAAGAAGACCAUCCGGCUGUUCUGGAGUGAAGUGCGGCCUGUUGACUGUCAGUUCCAGACCCACAAACAGUGCCGUGACUCACUGUGGUCCAAACUGGAACCAGUAAAGGUGGACACAUCAAAGCUGGAGCACCUGUUUGAGAGCAAAUCCAAGGAGAUGCCCGUUACCAAGAAAACAGCAGCUGAUGGCAAGCGCCAGGAGAUCAUUGUGCUGGACUCCAAAAGGAGUAACGCCAUCAACAUAGGAUUGACAGUUCUUCCCCCACCCCGCACCAUCAAAACUGCCAUCCUCAGUUUUGAUGAAUAUGCCUUAAACAAAGAGGGCAUAGAGAAAAUCCUGACAAUGAUCCCUACAGAGGAGGAGAAGCAGAAGAUACAGGAGGCUCAGCUGGCUAAUCCGGACGUACCCCUGGGCAGUGCAGAGCAGUUCCUCCUCACCUUGUCCUCCAUCAGCGAGCUGUCAGCCCGGCUACAACUCUGGGCCUUCAAGAUGGACUAUGAGGUCAUGGAGAAGGAAGUAGCCGAACCACUGCAGGACCUGAAGGAAGGAAUGGACCAACUGGAGAAUAACAAGACUCUGCGGUAUAUUCUGUCCACACUGCUUGCCAUUGGAAACUUCUUGAAUGGGUCCACUGCAAAGGGCUUUGAGCUAAGCUACCUGGAGAAGGUCCCAGAAGUGAAGGACACUGUCCACAAGCAGUCCCUGCUGCACCAUGCCUGCACCAUUGUGGUGGAGAAAUUUCCUGACAGCACAGACCUCUACUCUGAAAUUGGCGCCAUCACCCGCACUGCCAAGGUGGACUUUGACCAGCUGCAGGAGAACCUUUGUCAGAUGGAGCGACGGUGCAAAGCUUCAUGGGACCACCUGAAGGUCAUUGCUAAACAUGAGAUGAAGCCAGCGCUGAAGCAGAAAAUGUCAGAUUUCCUGAAAGACUGUGCUGAGAGGAUCAUCAUCUUGAAGAUUGUACAUCGCAGGAUCAUCAAUAGGUUCCAUGCCUUCCUGCUCUUUCUGGGACACCCUUCCUAUGCGGUCCGAGAGGUUAGCAUCCAGCACUUCAGCAAAACCAUGAGUGAAUUCGCCCUGGAGUACCGCACUACGCGGGACCGUGUGUUGCAGCAGAAACAGAAGCGUGCAGACCAUCGGGAGAGGAACAAGACACGGGGCAAAAUGAUCACAGAUACUGAUGAUGAAGAGGACGGCGAGAGCGGGAAGCUGGGCAACACAGCGGCAGCCGGGCAGGAGAGCGAGCCGCAGGGACUCCAUCACGCCGAGGACGCCGCCGAGCACGAGCACAUGACGGCGGUACUGAAAACGGGCCGCGACAGCGAGGCCUCCGCCAUGCCCGGGCUGCGUGUGCGCACGCGAGCCAGUCGUGGCCGCUUGAGCGCGUGGGCCAACGCAAACGACGAAUCUCCCAACGCCACGGACGAUGCCGCUGACGAGAUCAUGGAGCGCAUUGUGAAAUCAGCCACGCAAGGGCCGAGCCAGCGCGCGCAACCACGGGAGAGGAAGAGGUCGCGCGCCAACCGAAAAUCAUUGAGAAGGACCCUGAAGAGUGGCCUGACUCCAGAGGAGGCCCAUGCCCUGGGACUGGUGGGAGGGCCAGAGAUGCAGGUUUGAUGAGGUACUGAAGUCGGGGCCCCCAGUGGACAAUACUGGCCUGAAGGAUCCUUCCCCUUUGCUGCACCCCUCGACCAUCCUCAGCACCUCACCUUGCCAUCGCCACAUCACACCUCUUACUGGUCUCCGUUGCUUCCUCCUCUUUCGAUUAAUACUGGUGUUAUAGUCUUGCUUUUUUUCUGCUGUGUGUCAGUGCAUUGCAGCAACUUGGGGUGUUUGUUCAGAUAGCGCUCUGUCAUGUGAGUAGCGGGACUUGGGGAAAGAUAAGGAACUGAGAAAACCCUAAUAUCUAAAAGGUCAAAAGAGACAGAAAUAAUAAAACGUGAGUUGUUAGUUCAGAGAAAGAAAAAAGAGAGGUGUUCCAACUGGGACAGAGCAAAAAUGUCUUACCACAGGCUCCCCAGUGCCGCAUCAGUAAACUGUGAUCAGUUGUGAUGCCUCCUACACCUUGAUCCACAUUCAGCUGACUCCCAACCCUGCCACAGUAGAUAUCUGUGGCAUAGCGGCCUGAGUUCCCACCUACGGUGACGUGUUCAUGGCGGGGCACAUACAGGCCAACAGGUAGAAGACAAGCGAAGAGGGCUUUGCUCUGAGCAUGUUGUACGGCCAGAUGAAACCUGCAGCUUGUGCAGUGGGCGGCCUCCUCCAUGGAGCUUCAGACCCCCGCCUCCAAGUUGGAGUGAGUGUUACAUGCUUUCAGGCAGGGAAACAAACAUUGUGUAAUUGGCUGUGAUGAAAUUGCUUAAAAGAUGGGGUAAAAUGCCAAAAAAGCCUUAUCGAUUUAAUGUGUAAUUUUGCACCAGCACAUAGGGAAAAUAUUAAAUCAAUGAUUAUAACUGUGCAUUUAUUUAAAUUUGUAUUUAGUGCUAGUGGCAUUUUGUACAGGAUGGAAAUGUUAAAUCUGAUCAAGCACAAGUGUUCCGCAGAGUGGGUGAAGGGGUGUCGUAUGAUUUCGGUACGUCACUUCGUAGGCUGGUGUUGUUCUUACCGAGAACCGAGAGGGUCAGGACCAAACGCACGCAGAGCCAUCGUACUAGAGUGAAACUUCACACGGAACAAUCACCCCGAGGGCAAAAAACCAACAACAACACUGUGAUCUUCAAAUUGGAUAGGGCAACACUGUGAAAUUCAGAGUGAAUCACAUUUAUACUCUGCAUGUUGGGCCCCAGCACCAUGCUGAACAACAACAGAGGUACAGAGGGUAAGGAAACGUUGUGCAUCACACAAAUGUUACUGGCGGUUUGUGCUCCUGUGAUAUCAGCGACCAGCAGCUAGCAGAGCCGUAGCUGCGGGAUGCAUGAGUCUGCAGGUUUGAUUCAAUGUCAGAAACAAACCAUGUUAGGAAAUUCGUAGUUUCGUCAUUGAAUCAUAAAGUGUGUGACUUGAAGCAGGAAAAGAGACGUUAGCGAACAACAGCGAAACGUUGGCAUUAUUCUCAGAACUGAGAAAUUGGGAAAUUGUAUUUAAAUGAGCAGAACUUUUCAGCAGCAGCAGAACUUUCAAAAUAAUUUUUUCUAUGUCUAACUAAUGAGCUUCGAAGGGCUUCAGUUGGACAUGUGCCUUUCAGACAAGUGACUAAAUAAGUGACUAUUUAUUGUGCAGAGUGUUGAGAGAUGUUUGAGUACACGUCAUUGCCUCUCUUGUAAAGGCUUUAAGUGGCUGGAGCGCUUCCAUUUUCUAAGCUUAUACUAUAAUCAUACUGUCUUCCAUGAGUGAGACUGAGUGAGAAAAUCAUCCGUCGGUUUCUUAACUUUUUUUACUGAAGAUCUACUCAUUUAUAUUGUCCCUCUGUUACAACAGCUCAGAUAAGAGUUUCACUUUAUAACAUAAAUUGUUUUGUUAUACUUUAUUACAUAAUUUAUUGUAAGAAGUCACUCUUGACUGCACGUGGAAUGAAUGUGUGAGUCACUCGUGGUUAAUUCAGCACACAAAACCUGUUUAUUCAGCUUGUUUGUACUUUUCCUAGAGAACACAGUUCACGGAAAAUUAGGAAACGAUGCUGUAAUGUGUACUGUUCCGCACCUUACUCGCGAUUUGUAGCAUGAGAUUUCUACAUAAAGUAAAAUAUUCAGCAGUAAUAACACUAAAAAUGAAAGGCACUGUCUUCAGAUACAUUGUUUCAGAUGUUAUUUUGAGAAUUUGUAAAAAGAAAAAUGUAAAGGUGUAACUGAAAUUAACUGGAUGUAAAAUGUAAAGAUGUACCAGAAAUGUUUUGAAGACACAGCAGAAGGACAGAUGCUGUAAAAUAAGUCAUACUCCGUUUAGGGGUCUUUCGAUUGUUUUUUUUUUUUUUUUUCUGUAUUUGUAAUUUGUGUAGAAUAGUGUAUAAUACCUUGAAGUAGCAGUGUUAUUCUGUGAACUAUAAUUUAAAAAUAAGCCAAGCAUGAACUCUAUAUAGCCUAAUGUGUGUUGCUUAUUUCAUUGAGAAAAUGUUUUGUUUUGGUUACUUUUGUUAUGUUCCUUUGUAUGGACUUGAAGGCCUCUUUUAGACUGAUGUAAAUCAUCCAUACCCACCUUGCAGUCAGGUGACACAGAGGAGGGGAUCUUUGGUUCCUUGACAAAUUUUUGUGGACGCAGAGAGCUCCUUGGUGAACCAUGUCAGGUCCAUGCACAAACUUUACAUGUGUUCAUUUUAGCACGUCGUCACUAUUCUUUUUGCUUCGGUUCCUAUC